AUGCAACUCACACUAAAUGUAUUAGCUAUUUUAUUGCAUUGGAUUAAUUUAGAUAAUAAACACACUGAAGGACUUUCCAUAACAUAUGUUACACAAUCAGAAGUUUGUACUGAUAGUCAACCUGAUGAAAAUACUGAAUUGUCGAAUGAAGCUGUAGAAUGUACAUAUGGAAAAACCCACUUGCAACAAAAUGUAGAAAAUAAUCAGUCAAUUGGUACAAGCGCCGUAAUUGAAGCUCUGCUUACUACGCAAUAUCCUGAAUUUGUUGUAAAUGAAGCUGAACAUUGGAAAAAAAAAUUCAACACUGAUCCCGUAGUCUGGGAUGAUUUUAAUAAAACUUCAUUCAAUCCAUUGGUUCUGGUAAAACUGAUAGAUGAUUGGUUGAUGCAUCUAAAGUCACCAGUGCUUCGAAUGCAAGAUUUGCACAGUUUACAACAAAAUCCUUUAUUUCAAGAAGAUAUUUUAACUUCUUUAGAAAUUUUCGAAAAACCAGUUGUAUGUUUAAUGAGCUUAUUCGCAAAAUUAAUCACUCAUCUUCAUCCGUUAUCUGAACAAAUGGAACAUUUACUAAUAGAACGUGUUUUAAAUUGGUUAUGUCAAAAACAAUCGAAACCUUUUAACAUUAUAACAAAUACAAAUAAAUUCAAUGAACAAUUUCAAUGUUAUCAUCAUACAAGAUUUGAUGAUUUAAUGCAAAUGGCAUUUAGAAUUAUGCAUUUUUUAAUUAGAUUUGUAAAAUCAGAUUGUACAUUAAUUGAAAGUGUUGAUACAUUGUCGAAAUUUUUAUCUAUCAGUCAAUAG